AUGGCCGCCGCACCACCCGCCCCCAUCGCCACCUCAGGCGCACCCACCCGCGUCGUCUGCACGCUCUUCUACAAAGCCACGACCCCGCGCUCACCGCAGCCGCAUCCGGACGCAGCCCACCACACCCCGAGCGACACCCUAACCCGCGCGUCUCUCGAGUCGCUGGCUGGUGGCGUUGUGCCCACCAACGACCUGAACCAGUACCCGCUCGAACCUCCGACGCCGGGCCCCAACCCGCUCGACAACCUGUUCGGCGCCUACAUCUCGCAGAGCUGCCUCACCGACUUCUUCCGCACCCUCGACGUCGUGCUACCGGGCUUCCAGGACAAGACGGCCGCGCACCGCGUGCUUGACUCGAUCCGAUGGCCUCGCGUUGUCGAAGUCUCACUGGAGAUUCCCGCUGGCUCGAGUGCCAGCAUUGCGGACACACUCAAGUCGCUGCGCCAGGAUGAGACCAUCUCGCGCUUCGAGCGCGAGUGGAACGUCGAGGCCAUCUGGCAAGGCGCGAGCGUAUUCCGCACCCACAAGCGGCUGGCCGUGUUUGACAUGGACUCGACUCUCAUCCAACAGGAGGUCAUCGACGAGGUGGCGCGCCACAUCGGCGUCGAGGCGCAAGUCUCGGCCAUCACCGCCGCCGCCAUGAAUGGCGAGCUUGACUUCGAACAGUCGCUGCGCCGCCGCUGCGCCCUGCUCAAGGGCGUGCCCGUCGAGGUCUGGGAGAACAUCCGCAAGCUCAUCACCCCGACUCCCGGCGCGGUAGAGUUGGUCAAGGCGCUGAAGAGACUGGGGUACAAGACGGCGGUGCUGAGUGGCGGGUUUACCCCUGUGACUGGCUGGUUUGCACAGCAGCUGGGACUGGAUUAUGCGUUUGCGAACCAUUUGGUUGUCAGCGAGGAUGGCAAGACGCUGACCGGCGAGCUGACCGGUGAGAUCGUGCAUGCGGAAAGGAAGAGGCAGCAUGUGCGCGAGAUCGCCGAGAAGGAGGGUAUCUUGCUCGAGCAGGUCCUUGUCGUCGGCGACGGCGCGAACGAUCUCCCCAUGAUGGGCAUCGCAGGCCUUGGAAUUGCCUACAAUGCGAAGGCCCGGGUUCAAAUGGAAGCUCCCGCCCGUCUGAACUCUGAGAGCUUGCUCGAUGUGCUGUACCUUCUGGGCUUCUCAAAGUCGGAGCAGGAGGAGCUGCUGCGGUAG